UCCCCAAAUAGGCACAAGGAAGUAAGGAAAGGUGGCGAAGCCGACCACUUUCGAGAGAAACGGAAGCCAUGCGGGAGGAGAUGUAAUUGAUGUUGAAAUUGAAGUACGCUUGUCUUGAUUUUGUUCGUCCAAAUCCGAGAAGCAAUUGAUUAGAACAAUGGAGUUGGAAGCUGAUUUUGCAAACAAAAAAGACAUCAAUUAAAUUAGUUCAUCUUUAUUUCAGAACUACCGACCUUCAAUUCAGUUCUUCUUCCUACAUCUGGAUUCGAUGUGACACUGUACUUUAAUCUCCUCCCACGCUCCCAUCCACUCCAUCGGGCAUCGCCUAAACCCAAGCAAAAAGGAGGAAAGGAGGUACGGAUGAUUAGAAUUAUGCUGUUUAUCUUUCUACGAAUUCGAAAUAUUCUAGUGAUUGGAAGGAAAAAAGUUUGGUGAGACUUGUCAAAUGCUGUCGACUUUUUGAUCCAAUCCUGUAGUAAAUUAAUUUGCAAGUGGAUUUCAAGUCGAAGAGGCGAAAAGAAGAGGAAACAUUAAUUUAAAGCAUAUGUGAUUAAUUUAUUGUUAGAACCAUGGGAAAGCUUGACUUCGGUGUGCUAUGGCGGACACUUGGUGGAGUCGUGUGCUUAAAUAAUCAUUUGGAUAACAUUGGGGGUUAUGACAUUAGGAGCAAUUUUCUUUCCUUUUGGAGUUUCUUGGCUUUUUUGCUUUAAGUAGGAUAAAUGGGUGGAUAGGAAGAAGAUUGACGCGACUUUUUGAUCCAAGUGUUUUUAUAUUGGGUUGGUAUACGGUGCAGCAAUUCUGCUUUUCAACGUCUAAGUUUAGGACAAGGUUUGGAGUUUCUUGAAUGACGCAUGCAAGUGAAUGUAACAAAAAGGGAAAAUGAAACCAGUGCCUAUCAAUAUGAAUGGAAUGGUAGCCACUUGCCACCGCCAAGCCAGAUUUUUGGUAUGGUUAUGCUUCACAGCCAAGGUGUUUGAUGAAAUGCUUCAGAGAAAGAGCUGCUGCAGCGAUUUAGGAGGUGUUAUUGGCUGCUUGAGUUCAAUGCAUUAUGCUUCUGUAGUCUGGUGGUGGGAGUUCUUUAGGUAAAGUUCUAGCCUGAGUUUGACUUUAAUGCCAUUAGUCUUUGUUUUAACCUUUGAAUUCUUUCACCUAUGACAUGAUUUCAUCCGUCACCACUUAUGAGUAUAUAUGUAUCCGUGCCUGCGCGUGUUUAUAUCUACAUUAGAUGCAUAUCAAGCUGUACACUGAUAGGGUCAUUACAAUAAUGUGUUUAAGCCUUGUGCUCAUGUAAAUUUCCCAAGAACUGUAGCUUUACUUUGCUCAAUUGGCCCACUUUUCCAACUUUAUCAUCCUAUAAAAACCCAUCAUUUCUCCUGCUCUUAUCACUGGCCUCUCCAUCAGCAAUCUUCUAGACAAACCCCCUGAAGCCACUAUCAACAAAAGUUUUCAAACAUGGUUCCAGCUGAAAUGACUGGCAUCCAGUUUUUUCCAUCUGAAAACGCUUUUCAAAUUCCUUCAAAUAUUGGCAUGAUCCAGAACAGCUUUCAGACCUUCCAUCAUUUGAAUGACUUUCUAGGAAACCAACCAAUGUCUCACGUCCCUCAUCCUGGCCUUGAAUUCCUUGCACAAUCCUUAAGUUUUAGCUACAACUCAACAUCUGAUGAAGCCGAGGAACAACAGAAAAGUAUUAUUGAUGAGAGAAAGCAAAGGAGAAUGAUUUCUAAUAGAGAAUCAGCUCGUAGAUCACGGAUGAGAAAACAGAAACACCUUGAUGAGCUUUGGUCUCAGGUGCUUAGGCUUCGCUCUGAGAACCAUGAGCUGGUGGACAAGUUGAACCACAUAUCUGAUUGCCACGAAAAGCUUCUUCUGGAGAAUGCCAAGCUGAAGGAGGAAGCCUCUGAUCUUCGUCAGAUGCUCAGUCACUUGCAAAUUGGCAGACCUUACAAUCCUUGCUUGAGUGACCUUGAAGAUAUUCCCAGCAACACUGUACAUCUCAGAGCUGAAUCUUCAUCAUGCCAGUCCAUCGCCAACUCCAUGGAUAACCUACUCUUCAUGGAGGAUAAAUCUUUAACUUUCUAAACUUCUAGUUCUUUUUAUCUAGUUUUGUUAUUAGUCAUCAGUCUUUGCUUUGAGCUUGUAUGAGAUCAGUAGUAGAAUAAGAUUGUUUUGAGUUUCAACCAGAGGUUGAAUCCGGUGUUUUCUCACUACCUGUUAAAAUUAGCAUUCAUGAAACGAAUUGCUCUCUGCCCGCCGCAUAUACAGAAUGAGGCUGGAGAAGC